ACACACACACACACACACACGAGGACCUUAUGGAGUAGCUGACACACACCUGGACAGUGAUGGAGGCCCAGUUGGAGGAGUUAAGAAGGAGACUUGAGGAGCAGUGUGACGUCACCAGGAAACUACAGGAGGCAAACCAGGAGCUAGAACAGCAAAUUAAAGACAAAGACAAACAGCUUCAGGAUCUGCAGAGUCGAUAUGAUGAACUGGAGUAUCGUUCUGAGCGCAGUAGUGUGGAGGUGCCGGCUGAUGUCCGCAAGAGUCGUGCACCCGUCCUCGCACCCGAGCCCCUAGCAGACCUUGCUGAGAUACGAAGGGUUAAAAAGACACCCAGUGAGGCGGAACAGAUCCGGCGUGCCGUGCAGAAGAAUGACUUCCUGUCUCGUCUGGAUGAGGAGCAGCUCAACAUGAUGGUGGAGCUGGUGGAAGCUUUGGACCGUUGCCCCGGCGACCACAUCAUACAGGAAGGAACAGAGGGGGACAGCAUGUACAUCGUAGCAGCGGGGGAACUAAAGGUAACCCAGGCGGGACAUGACUUGAGAACUCUCUCUUCUGGUGACGUGUUUGGAGAGUUGGCCAUUCUCUACAACUGCAAGAGGACCGCCUCUGUCAAGGCGGUGAGCGCUGUGAGGCUGUGGAGUAUCCAGAGGCAGAAGUAUCGCACCAUCAUGACCAACAAGUCCAAGAGGAAACGGGAACAACUCAUGGGAUUCCUCAAGACUGCACGGACUUUGAAGGCUCUAAAUGAUCUGCAAAUCUCCAAGAUCAUCGACUCAAUGGAGGAGGUGAAGUUUGAUAAGAGUGAAGUGAUCGUCCGUGAGGGAGCUGAAGGAAACACUUUCUACAUCAUACUGGAGGGAGAGGUUCUGGUCACCAAGUGGAUCAACAACCAGCAGAAAACCAUCAGGAAGAUGGGCCAAGGAGAACACUUUGGAGAGCUAGCCCUGAUACGUGAGGUCUUGAGAACGGCCACCUGUACAGCUGUGGGACCCGUCACCUGUUUCUGCAUCGACAAGGAGGUGUUUGAGGAGACCAUCCCCAUAGAGAAUCUGGAGCUACAUGACGAUUCUAGUUCCUCAUUGCGUCUGAAGGAGUUGGUUCCUGUCUACUACCAGGAGGGCCGCUACCAGGGAGAUCCCGUCACGCUCGGAGUGGGAGGGUUCGGACGAGUGGAACUGGUGACCACAGGGAAUCAUGGGAAGUACUACGCAGUGAAGAAGGUGAGCAAGAAGUACAUCGUCGCUAAGCGACAGGAGGCCCACAUGCUCUUCGAGAAGAAAAUCCUGCAGCUCAUACAGUGCGACUUCAUCGUCAAGAUGCAUGCUGCCUUUAAGGAUUCCCGCUACAUCUACAUGGUAAUGGAGUUCUGUCAGGGAGGAGAAAUAUGGACCAAGCUGAAGGAAGUGGGCCGUUUCGAUGAGCCCGUGGCGGUGUUUGUGACGGCGUGUGUGGUGGAGGCGUUUGCGUACCUGCAUAAGAAGAGCAUCAUGUAUCGAGACCUGAAACCUGAAAACCUCCUGCUGGACACACGGGGAUACAUCAAACUGGUUGAUUUCGGCUUCGCUAAGGAGUUAACACGCGGUGCCAAGACGUAUUCGUUCUGCGGUACUCCUGAGUACAUGGCUCCUGAGAUCAUCCAGAACCAGGGACACGACUACGCUGCAGACUUCUGGAGCCUGGGGGUACUAGUGUACGAACUACUGAUGGGCAGUCCUCCUUUCUCCAGCUCCGAGCCCCAGAAGAUCUACUCGAAGAUCCUGGACGGUGUGUUGAAGUACCCACCAUUCAUGAGUGAAGCAGCCCGAUCACUUAUCAGCAAACUAUGCAGGCCGAGGCCAGGACAGAGGCUGGGAAACACCAAGAACGGCAUCAAGGACGUCCGCAACCACAGGUGGUUCAGUAUGGUGAACUGGCAUAAGCUAAGACUGGGGCAGAUGGAGGCUCCGACCAUUCGACUCAUACGCAAGGGUCCGUGCUAUAUCAACUUUGACCGCUUCCCCCAUGACAAGACUCAAGCAGAAGAGGAGCUGUCUGGCUGGGACAAGGACUUCUGAACACACACAAACACAUACAUCUACAGCCCUGUGUGUGUGUGUGUGUGUGUGCGUGUGUGUGUGCGUGCAUGUGUAAGCGCCAGUGCAAUCUAUCGCAGGCAACCAGUCAGCUCAGUUGGCCAUUUCUUAAAGAAGCGAUCUUCAUAUACGAAGGUUGCUGGUUCGAAUCAUAAGGGUUGGAGCCGACACCUAGCCUGGUCCUGACCAUCCCAUAAUACUACCAUUUCCAUUUCGUAUUCAUGCUCUGGACUUUGUUUGAUCUGACGCGAUUGCAGGAAGCAGGAAGGGCAUUUGCGGAAAAAUCAGGAUUUAACUUAUAAGUUGUUGAACAAACAUGUCUGACGUCUAUCUAUGGCGAUGUAGGACCGUUUAACGGACAUGUCUGACAGAACAUCCUACUGUAGGAUAAAAUUACAAUGUAGGACCGUUUGUCAGAACACCUGUGAAAAUCCUACCGUUUAACAUCGCUCCACAGAGGACAGGUACCAGACGUAGUACCAGUGCGAGGCUAGCCGACACCCUCAUUCGGGGGCUGUACCAACUCUCAUCUUAAGUGGUCUCGCGCAAGCCAUCUACUGUCACCCCACACUGCUCCGGGGGCCAAUAACCAACACCCUGUACCUAAAUAACUACAAAGACUCUAACCAAUACUCUGCAUCUAAGAAACUACAAGGACUGUAACCAAUACCCUGUAGGCUGCCUAAAUAAACUACAGUAGAUCGCUAAGUAGCUGUAACCAACACCCUGUUCAUAAGUAACUGUAAGUGGCUUUGGUUAAAAGUGGAAGCUACGUGUAAUGUGAUAUAAAAGCAAUUAUGAAAAAACUAUGUGAUUUGUGUAAUAUUAAA